CUCCUGACAGCUCAGCACCUGCAGCAGCAGACCGGAGAGUGUCUCACGGCUUGUUGCAGCGGAUCGAACCCUAAAAGCCUGUCUCUCUCGGAUCCGGCCCAGACCCACAGUCGUCCCUCGGCGGACCGGCCGUACCACUGCCAGGACUGCGGCAAGUACUUCCGGAUCAACGACAUCAAGCGGCACCAGCGCAUCCACAGCGGAGAGCGGCCCUUCCCCUGCUUCCAGUGCGGCAAGAACUUCCCCACGUCUGGGGACCUGAAGAGACACGAGCGCAUCCACACGGGCGAGCGGCCCUACCACUGCCUGCAGUGCGGCAAGAACUUCUCAGACUCGGGCCACCUCAAGCAGCACGAGAGGAUGCACACGGGCGAGCGGCCCUACCAGUGUCCGCAGUGCUCCAAGCGCUUCUACCGCUCCGGAGACCUCAAGCGGCACCAGCGGAUCCACAGCGGCGAGCGGCCCUACCACUGCAACCAGUGCGACAAGACCUUCUCCGACUCCGGACACCUGCGGGGCCACCAGCGCAUCCACACCGGAGAGCGGCCCCACCGCUGCACGCUCUGCGAGAAGAGCUUCUUCAGAUCGGGCGACCUGAAGCGGCACCACAGAACGCACACGGGCGAGCGGCCCUACCAGUGCUUCCAGUGCGGGAAGAGCUUCUCCGAGUCGGGACACCUGAAGGAGCACCGGAGGAUCCACACCGGAGAGAAGCCCUACCACUGCAACCAGUGCGACAAGAGCUUCUCCCGGCUGGAGCGGCUCAAGGGCCACCAGAGCAUCCACACGGGCGAGAGGCCCUUCCACUGCACGCAGUGCGGCAAGAACUUCUUCCGCUCGGGAGAACUGAAGCGGCACCAGAGGAUCCACAGCGGCGAGCCAGCGUGA